AUGUCCGAUCCCACCCUUUAUCUCUACACCUCCCUGACUGCGGGGUCGUCCCACAUCGUCACCGCAACGGCACGCCUGGAGACAAUUCUCAAAGCCAACAAGCUCCCCUUCCGCGCAAUCGAUGUGGCCACGGACGAAGUAGCCAGGAAGCUCUGGGGCCGUCGCUCCAAGGGCAAGAAACUUCCUGGCUUGGUGAAAUUCGGCACUGUUGUCGGAGACUUGGAGCAAGUUGAAGAAUGGAAUGAGUAUGGUGAGCUGAGGAUGCAGGUUAACAGUGUCGAAGACAUCGACAGUAUUCCCGCAACUAGUACUCCGAUCGCACCCCCCUCGGCCGCAUCUACCCCCACCCCCGAACCCACUACCCUCAAACAGAGCACAAUCAAGAUUCAAAGCCCCCCGUCCAAAGAGACCCCGAAAGACACUGCUAUCACGGCUGCUAUGCGCCAGGCUAGUGGGGAGGCCGCUGCCAAGGCUAAGGGCAGCGGCACUCAACCUGCCCCGGCUAAGGAACCUGCCCCAGCAAAGGAACCUGUCCCGGCAGUUACAGAACAAAAAGAGACCCCGAAAGAGACCCCUGCGGCUGGCGAGCAGUCCCAAGCAGGCAAGGAAGAUACUGAAUGGUUCAGCACCACCGUGGCUCCAUCAUCUCCGCCACCUCCAAAGAAGAACAAGAAAAAGUUGCACAGGACUUGCGGAAGUCUAUUUCCGGGGGUCAACAGGAUCUUCUCAAAUCCUUGA